AGCCAAAGUAGUUAGUAUUGUGUGUGCGAACAUUAUUCAUUUCUAUCUCCUCUCAAUCAAACUUGUUUAAUUUAUUUUGCCUUCUCGAUCAACCAGUAUACUAUACGUAUUUACUUGUUCAAAAUGGAAAACGGGAAUCAUCAUCUUUCUCAGCCCGCCGCCGCCACAAAGCCGUCUAGAUUCAACCGCAUCUGUGUCUUCUGCGGCAGCAGCGCCGGCAAGAACCCCAGUUACCAACUCGCCGCCCUUCACCUCGCCAACCAGCUGGUUGAAAGGAACAUAGACUUGGUGUAUGGAGGUGGGAGCAUUGGCUUGAUGGGUCUCGUCUCCCAAGCUGUUCAUAAUGGGGGCCGCCACGUGUUAGGGGUGAUUCCGAAAACUCUGAUGCCAAGAGAGUUAACGGGAGAGACAAUUGGCGAAGUGAGAGCCGUUACGGGUAUGCAUCAAAGAAAGGCAGAAAUGGCGAAGCAAGCUGACGCUUUCAUUGCCUUGCCCGGUGGGUACGGAACGUUAGAGGAACUACUAGAAGUCAUCACAUGGGCUCAGUUGGGUAUUCAUGAGAAACCGGUGGGUCUGCUGAACGUGGAUGGGUACUAUAAUUCACUUCUGUGUUUCAUAGACAAAGCUGUGGACGAAGGAUUCAUCCACCCUUCUGCCCGCCACAUUAUUGUCUCCGCCCCUACUGCCCACGAACUCAUCUCCAAGCUUGAGGAUUAUGUUCCAAAGCACAAUGAGGCAGCACCAAAGUUAAGAUGGGAGAUGGAGCAACAACUGGGCUUCACAACAGCCAAAUCUGAAAUCGCACGUUAAGAUCGAUCAGAUUACCUCAAUUAAUUAAUCAUUACCCGUAUAGUAGUGAUUUUAAUUAUGGGAUGAAUGUGUUGAGUGAUUUAGUUAAUUUGUCUAAAUGUUCUUUUAUUUAUGUACAUGCUAUAUAGCUAGGCCUGCAUGUGUGUGCAUGCAUGUAAUAGUGGAAUAAACAAUAAUACUCCGU